AUGGCUCUGGACCGGAGCGACUUGGACCGGGAGUCCGACGGAGACGUGGACGGAGGCCCGGCCGACGUCCGUCCUCUGGGGAUGGACGACUUCAGGACCUCCUGUCCCAAAGAGAUGGCUCUGCUGGCCCUGAUGGACCGGACCGGGUACAACAUGGUGCAGGAGAACGGACAGAGGAAGUACGGAGGCCCGCCGCCAGGUUGGGAAGGCCCGGCUCCUCCUCGGGGCUGCGAGAUCUUCGUGGGGAAGAUCCCCAGAGACAUGUACGAAGACGAGCUGGUUCCUCUGUUCGAGAGAGCCGGCAGGAUCUACGAGUUCAGGCUGAUGAUGGAGUUCAGCGGGGAGAACCGCGGCUACGCCUUCAUCACGUACACCAACAGGGAGGCGGCCCAUCGAGCCAUCCAGACGCUGGACAACCACGAGGUGCGACCGGGGAAGUUCAUCGGCGUGUGCGUCAGCCUGGACAACUGCCGCCUCUUCAUCGGCUCCAUCCCCAAAGACAAGAAGAAGGACGAGAUCAUGGAGGAGAUGAUGAAGGUGACAGACGGCGUGGUGGACGUGAUCGUGUAUCCGAGCUCCACCGACAAGAACCAAAACCGAGGCUUCGCCUUCGUCGAGUACGAGUCCCACAAAGCUGCAGCCAUGGCCCGGAGGAGGCUCAUACCAGGAUCCUUCCAGCUGUGGGGUCAGUCCAUCCAGGUCGACUGGGCCGAGCCCGAGAAGGACGUGGACGAGGAGGUGAUGCAGCGCGUCCGAGUGCUUUACGUUCGUAACCUGAUGCUGGACACGACGGAGGAAACCCUGCGCCAGGAGUUCUCCUUCUUCAAGCCGGGCGCCGUGGAGCGGGUCAAGAAGCUGACCGACUACGCCUUCGUCCACUACCGUUGCCGCAGCGACGCCCUCACCGCGCUCAGCCUCAUGAACGGCGCCCAGAUCGACGGCGCCAUUGUGGAGGUGAUGCUGGCCAAGCCGGUCGGCGCCAAGGACGGGGGCGUGGCCGGGAGGAGGUGCGGCGGCAGGAGGCAGCUGGGGGGAGCGGCGACGGGAGGAAACGGGAUGCUCCUGCUGGACGGAGGCUCGCUGAUGAGGCCCGUCGGACCGUCGCCCCGCCUGGGAAGCCCGUUCUACCCGGCAGCAGGUCAGUCACCGGACAGAUGUGUGUUCCCCCUGCUGCCCGGGACCCCCCUGUCGCCCACCAACCUGCUGUCGCUGAAGCAGAGUCAGAUCGGCUCGGCCGUCAGCCUGCUGGAGUUUCACUGCCGCAAACACUACUGGUCCCCGCCCGACUACCACCUGUACACCACGCCGGGGCCGGACGGGCAGCAGCUGCUCAUCUACAAGGUGGUGAUGCCGUCCACACGGAGCACCUACAUCCCCGACAAGCUGUGUGCGCUGCUGGAGGAUGCCAAGGAGCUGGCCGCCCAGACCGCCCUGUGGAGCCUGGACUCGUCCUUCCUGACUGCGGCUUCCUGUGAGUCUCCCGGCAGCCCGUCGUCGCCGCUCGCCAUGUCGUCGCCGCCGGCGGUCACCAGUCCAGGAGUUCUGCCCUGCGGCGGCGGCCGGGCCUUCGCCUCCUGCCUCCCUCCACCUCCGUCCCCCUUCCCCCUGCCCAGCGCCUCCCAGACUCAGAGGCUCUACAUCAACUCGCCGCCGCCGCCUUUCUACUGA